AUGCAAUCAACGGGGGCCCCACCCGCGCCGGAUGCUCGUGGGUUUGUUACCUGCGCUAAGCAUGAUACGCGCCGCAAAGUCGCCUACUGCACGAUUAAACCCGUUUACGACGCCGAUCUUGCGGUUGUCGCGCACCAGUAUGAAUGCAAAGAGGGGCAAACCUGCACCACCAGACGAACUGCCGGCCAACAGUCCCCGCCAAACAUCGCUAAAACGAACGUAGGCAGCGACGCGAACGGCGAGGGGCGGCGUGAAUCUCCGCCGGUGAUGGAGGUAAUAGACUGCAGCAGCUCACGUAUGCUGGGGGGAGACGGGAGGGGUUGGGAGCGAGUAAAAAACGGUGGAAGAUCUGGAGGUUCAUCGGCAACCACGGUAAAGGAUACCGGUGCGUUCUCCAUAUUAUUCACCAAGAAGGCUGAUAGUGGCGUUGCUAAUGAUCCUGCCGAUCAUGGCGUUCUUGGGGAGGGAGGGGUUAGCAGCGAUGGGAUGUCUGGUGAGGACGAGGACGAUAAAGUCGGUGGUGAUGAGGCUAUGAAGGGGGAUUUGCAAUGUCCACCUGUGGUGAGUGUGGCUGCGGGAUUGCACUCGGAGAAGCCUUCUAGUCGGCAGGCGGCGAAUGCAGUUGCGUCGCCGUCACCACGAACGGCGCUUUCCUCUAGAUAUUUUGACUUAGGGCCUAAUGGCGGCGGUGGUGGAGAGAGAGGAGGAAUCUUUCCAGCUAAAGUUUGCUGGAAUUGCGGGCUACCCGACCAUGAGAAGUCGAACUGCCCGAAUAUACUUUGCCGCAACUGCCACGGCAGACGGGGGGCGAUGAACACCACUCACGUUUGCGGGGAGGUGCGCGUUGCGUCGCCUUUUAUUGUGCUCCCCCGCAGCGUGGCAGAGCUUCCGCAGGGCGCGAACGGCAUGCCUGCGGUGCGCUGCGUGCGCUGUGGUGGGCUCGGCCACUUUGACUGCGGGGGUAACACCAGCAACGGUGGCAAUUUCGCCGUGGAUGACGUUUCUCUCAGUUGCUGCUACUGCGGCGCGCGGGGUCACACCGGCUACGACUGCCACAAGCGCCAGCGCGCGCACCCCGACCGGUGGGUGCAGUGGAACCUCGCGGCCGCCGCUCGCCGUGAGAACGCGCGGAGUGGCCACGGCCAUGCCAACAGCGCCGUGUCGUCUUUCCCGGGGCCAUCCUCCGCCCGAGGCUCGCCGGCGUCCCACCCGCAGUCGUUUUUCCGUGACAGCUACGACCGUCACACGCAGGACGGGGAGCGCUCUUUCCGGCGGCCGCACCCCGGUGACACGGGCCCUUCCAACGCGUACCGCUCCGCGUACAACCGCUGGGGCCACCAAGCGUCGGGCGCUCACGACGGCCACCGCUCCAGGGAUGCCUACUACGGUGAGGACGGGGGCGAUUCGCGGCGGUUUCGCCGGGUCGAAACCGCGACGUAUCGGGACGCGGCGUACGGGGAGGAUCGAUCUGCGCGCCAUUCCAGGCCGCAGCGCGCGGAGGGAAGGGAGUGGGGAGGGGAGCAUCAGCGGAGUGGCGGCGACGUCUGGAGGAGGGGCCGACAGGAGGAUUCCCACUAUCGCUACGACCGCCGCCCCGCGCAAUCGAGAGGAGGGGAGGAUGGUUAUACGGCGAACCGGCGCGAACGAAGAGGUGGAGGCAGGCGUGGGUACUCUGGAUUUUCAAGCGACGAGGAUCUUUUCUAG